UCCGACUUCAAUUUUAACGUGAAAUAAGCAUUCCAGUCUGGUUGUCGGUACGUAGAAUUAGUGACUGCUAAAAAUGGACAAACACAUGUUUACAAAACUUGCAUCGAGAAUGGGUAUAAGCUCCUUGAGAGUAAUAAGCCAAGCGGAAGAAUAUAUUCGGUUAUCUCAGGUGAAAUGCACAGGACUUUGCAACAGCACGGCCACAAGCAAAGCUGUGAUCUGCCUGGAGCUGGCCGCAACUUGUAUGAAGCUACCCAUUGACAAAGUGUAUGCCAUACAAUUAUCCGGAUUAAAUAAGAAGCUGUAUCAGAGUGAUCUGAAGUCCAUGGAGUGUCUGCUGGGUCUUGAGUCUCACCUGGGCUUGAGAGAUCUGGCUGUGCAGUACGGGUGCAUGGACGCUGUCAAACUUGCUGCACAGAUACUUGAAAGGUAUGAGGCUAGUCUACCAGCUGCCCAGCAACAAGACCUGGACCUGUCUAAACCCCUCUUUACAACAGCCGCCCUGUACACUGCUUGCAAGUGUCUGAAGAUGAAAGUGGACAGGAAGCUAGCUUUGUCAUCCGGUGCUAAGAAGGGGAUUUUUGACAGGCUGUGCACCCUGCUACUGAGGCUGGGCCAGGAGAUGGGCAAAGAAACCACUCCGUUGAAGCCCCCAAUAAAAGCCCAUCUAAAACGACAGAAGACCCUGAUGGAGAGCAUUGAACUGGCAGAGCAUGAGGAUGAGCUGUGUAUGUCGCCAAAGCAACAGAGAGAGGAGUCAAAGGAAAGUGUCACACAAGACUACGAGGCAUGGAAGAGGAAGAUUUUAGAAAAUGCCCUGAAAGCCAAAAAUGUACACUCAUGACGACAAAGAAGACGUCCAUCUGGUUUUGUCUUCUGGACAAUAAGGGUCUGAGAACAGAGGUCCUUUUAUCCAGGGAGGGGGGACUCUGGUCAAAUAGUUAUAGCUAUAAUAGACCAACUAUAAUGUGGUUCAGUUUCCCACAAUGUGCUGUAAAAUCUGUUACUUUGGGGGUGAUUAAAGUUUUUUUAUAUAGAUUUCUUUCAUGACAUGAUUGUGGUAUAAGUACUGUCAUGGUUUUAUGUUCUUUAAUUUAGUUUACCCCCAGUUGCAUAGCUACAGUUCAAUGGAUCCACUGACACAUUCCCAAAAGACAGUAGAAUACAUUGUCUCUGUCAACGUUUUAAUAAAUUAUUUCCUUUUUGUUCCUUGUAAAUUCACAAA